UGCUACCAAAAAGACAAAAACAAUAGCGGCUUAGUAAAAUUUGCAUUUUUUUUAUUCAACCUCCACUAUUUAACUUUAGCUGCCUAUCCUUGCAUCAAUCUAGGAUUGACAAUUGGCCAGGUCCGAGCCGGGUAUCUCGAUACCAUACUCGUUCCGUGGCAGGUCGAGUCCAGGUCGGUAAUUUAUGAUGAGGAGCGGGUCGGGGUAGGUCGACCCAAUGGGUAUGUAAUUUAUGUGAAAAACUUAAUAAGUAUUCAUUAUUUUCAUUAAAAGACCAAGAAACAAACCAUAAUAUGAUAAAAUAUGGUUAUGUGAAAUUUACAGUGUAGAGAGAGAGUGCGACUGCUCGGUGACUGAGGGUUCACGACUUCCUCGCCGCCGGCUCCAGCAUCUGCGCCGGAGCAGCUCCUUUCCCCCUCUUAUUCUGUUCUCUUAUGAGUGAAUUGAGUGCUGCGAUACCCAUUUCGGCUUCAGAGACACUGAGCGGCGAUUCUCAGGGGAUCCCUUCGAAACCCUGGGCGUCGCUGUUUGGGAUCUCUGAGGCCAAUCGCCUUACAUAUAUCCCACUCGAGGUUAUCAAUGGCGGUUUGAGGAUGCCCAAGGCUGUUCGUGAAGCAGGAGCAGCUCGCUGGAAGCAUUGCCUAGUUGAUCAGUUUUUACAAGAUCCGCCUUCACUGUAUGUGCUGCGUCGCUGGGUCAAUAAGCUGUGGGGGCGAGAUGGACUGGUUAGGGUUUCGCUACUCUAUGACAAGAUGCUACUCAUUCAACUGCCCAACCAGAAGGUUUGUGAUUGGAUUCUUGAGAAUGGCCCAUGGUUCUGGUUCAACAAUCUGCUGUAUCUUCGGCCUUGGGUUCCAGGUAUUAGUUAUGAGGAUUUGGGGAGGAAGGCUCUGCCGAUCUGGGUGAAUUUGAUGAAUGUUCCACUAGAGUAUAAUGAUUUUCAGGGGUUGAGUAGGAUAGCGAGUUGGAUUGGGGUUCCACUGGGUAUGGAUCAUACAACCCGAAUGGGGGACAGGCAUGGCUUUGCCAAAGUCCUGGUAGAGCUCACAGUUGAUAGUGAAUGCCUGGAUCAUGUGCUGUUAUGGCCUGAUGAUGACUCCUCCAUACGCAUUGGAAUCACCUACUGCAACUUGCCCCCUAUUUGCCAUGUCUGUCAUCUUUUUGGCAUUACUGGCUCAUGUGCUGAUCAUCAGGGUAAGCAGUGGGUGGCAAAGUCAGUGCAAAAUGAGGGGACUACAGUUCAGGGGCUGAAUAAACAAAACCAGUUAGUGAAAAAGGAAGGAAGUAUGACUGAGAGUGUGACUAUGGAUCAACAGAAAGUCCUGGAUAAGGGUGAGGAGGUGGUUGUAUAUGAUAAUGAUCCUCAACUGAUGGCUAUAUUUUCUACUCCAAGUCUGGUGGGGGGAAGCAAAGUGGUCCCUCAGAAUUUAGAGAAAUCCUUUCAGGAAGUGGCUACUUCGGCAUCACAAAAUUUACCCUCUGAAGCAGAGUUUCAAAGAGUAGUCAAUGGGGCAAAACCUCGCAUCUGGCUCUCUCAGGAUAGCUCUAAAGGUAUUCAAAUUUCAAAUUCAUCCUUCAGUGUCAUAGGGAAAUUGAGUGAUCAGGAGGUGGGUAAGGGGGAGAUUCAGGAAGCACCAAAGAAAAAAGAAGUAAAGAAAGAUUUGAAGAAGGGUGGGGGGAAGCCCCCUACUUCGAAAUGAUCGUUUUGUUUUGGAAUGUAAGGGGGUUUAAUAAAAACCUCCAAGCAGAGGGACUUGAUGCAAGUCCUACGUAGGAGUAAAGUAGAUGUAGUAGCAGUCCUUGAGACUACGGUGUAGGCAAAUAAAGCAGAGGAAGCAGUAGAUGAGGUUUUUAUGGGGUGGCAGAAGUGUCUCAACUGUUAUGAUUCAAAUUUGGGAAGAGUUUGGUUGUUUUGGGAUCCAGCUAUUAAGGUACAGAUAGUAAAGCAAAGAAAGCAUU